AUGUCGGUCACCAAUGGUGAGAACGAGGUGAACUACGCGUCUGGUCCUCGCAGUUUGGAUGACACCUACCCGGCGACUGAGGCAGGUGUGGUUGACAACGCCAGUAUCUUUUCCGACUCGGUGGACUUCGACGCGGCUGAGAAGCCAGGGGCGCCGGCCGCUGCCACCACCAACGAACAAGAGGAACCGCCAGAGGAUUCAUGCACACUCGAGGCGCGUACCNAGAAGCCAGGGGCGCCGGCCGCUGCCACCACCAACGAACAAGAGGAACCGCCAGAGGAUUCAUGCACACUCGAGGCGCGUACCCUCCCCAAUGAGGCCGAGCAGGAACCGCCAGAACAUGAGCAGCACGCGAAGGCUGCCGUGAAGCCGCGGAAGACCCCGAUGCAGCAGCCAACGCGGUGGGAACCGGUGAGCUUGUCGGUGCCGCAGGACGACCCGGACGACGAGUUCGACAUUGGCACCGCGCAGAAGCCAGUAUUCUACGAUGAAGAGGAAGAGAAACCGAAGAACAUGUUCGAAAAUGGUGAGCCCGAUAUGAAGGGUGAAGUCGUUUCUUGUUUCGAUGAGCCCGGGCUACUCUACCGCAUUAUCGACAAGAAGAAGAAGACAUGGGCUUUUUACAACGACAGUCUCGCAUUCGAGGUUCACGUCAAGUGCACCUUUGGCAAGCACUCAAAGUUGGAGGCGCUGGAGAACACAACGAUGCACCGCGCCUCUGAUGGAAGCUAUAUUGCGGAGGUUGUUGUGUACCCUUGCGAGACGGAGAUGUUUGUCAAGGGCUUCGUAAACGGAUUCAACAGCUCUUUGCGUGCUUUGCCUCUCUCCGACGAAUACUAUGCGGAGCGACAGGCACUCCAACACAGUGGCGUUGUCGAAGUGGAAAUUGAAAAUGUGAGGGCGCUUGUCGGCGACGAGAGGGACUCGGCUAAAGUGGCGACGGCAUGCGCGGAGAAUAACUUACCAUUUGUGGAUCUGGAAUUUUUGCCUGAGCAGAAGAGCGUCGAAAUGGGAUCAGGAAGGCAGAUCAAGCAGGUACCAUGGUUCCGCCCGCGCAUGUACGUGCAUCCGUCGCUUGUGCAGCAAUUGCGCCUUUUCCGGAAGCCCAUUGUGCCAGGUGACGUGUCCCAAGGCGAGCUUGGUGACUGCUGGCUUAUGUGUGCCAUCGCAACACUCGAAGAGAAUCCGGAUGAUUUAAUGCAAUUAUUUCGCCACCCAGGCGGCGCUGAGGCUGCACGACGUGAACGGGAGUCUGGGGCUUACCGCGUUACACUCAACAAGAACGGUCUCUGGAACAGCAUUGUCGUCGAUGAUUAUGUUCCGGUUGUGGGAGGGACGCCGAAGUUUGCUCACAGCACGGACUCGUGCGAGCUGUGGCCCGCGAUUCUUGAGAAGGCGUAUGCGAAGAUGCACCAGAGCUACGGGAUGAUACAGUCCGGCGACCCCGUACACGCCCUCACUGAUAUGACAGGGUGUCCUUCCUCUCGCUUCGACGAUGCCUUCGCCACGGCGCAGAGGAAUGGAGGGAAGGAGCUCUUCCAGCAGUUGCAACAAUACCACGAGUCUGGUUAUCAAAUGAUCUUGACGACUGCUGGCAAGGCGCCCGCCUUCAUUGCUGGCACCAACACCCACACUCCCAUCUUCGCUGACAAUCCAGAGCUGGAGCAAAUCCUCGGUGGUACCGGACUCCUGCCUGGCCACGCGUACACCGUCCGCGCGGUACGCCACUUCCCCGAGAGUUGUGACUUGCGGCUGGUGAGGAUCUGCAACGUUUGGGGAUCCUCUGAAGAGUGGGACGGGCCGUGGUCUGCCAGCAGCAAGGAAUGGGAGAAGCACCCUGAAGUGGCCGACGUUUGCGCAGGCGAAGUGGACGACGGCAAGGCUGUCUGGAUGGACUGGGAGCACGUGCUCAAAUACUUCAAUGGUGGUGGUGUGCUGUAUCGCCACCCGGCAUACGACUACCGCAUCCCACUGAACUUCGCGGACUGCCGCCCCUCGCUCGUGCUAGAGGUGAGUGUGGACAGCCCUGUAUGGGUUUGCUUCAUUCUCUCUAACAUUAAUCAUCGCAGCCUCCUCUUCGAAAGCGACGAGGAGAGGGGAGCCUUCGAGUACCCACCGCUCAUGAUCUCUCUUUCCACAACGCAUGACAAGCAGCUGGGGACUCACAAGGUGAUCCGGAACACCUCUCUGGACGCGACGAAGCCGUCGCAGGAGAAGUGGACCUUCAUGCAGGCGCGGGAGAUAAGCAUGGUCUGCAAGCUCACCCCGGAGGAGUCGCCGUACCUUGUCAUUCCACGCAUGAUGGAGACGGAGGAGACAGUGUAUGGAAGCGCCGCGUGGUUUACGCAGCUGCACGACAAAGUCAGCCCGCUGCACUUCAUCAACCGAGACAAGACGAGCGCCGACACCUCAGCUGCAGAAGUGGCGGAGGUGCCGGUCGUGCUUGGCAUCCGCUGCUCGAAGCCCAUCGGCGAAGAUGGCUGCGGCGGUGUGCGCGUCAACUUCAAGCGUCUCGAUAACGCGAACGUAGUCUUCGAGAAUUUCCCCAAGUUCUCGGCGGAUACGGAGGCGGUGGAUGACGUGUACUACCAGGUGAAGGGGACCACGCAGGGCUUCGCGGAGGAGAGGGCGGGACCGGCGCUCUUCUGA